AUGACAACCGCCACCACCAUUCAGUCAGUGAAGGGCAUUGUGGCGCUGGUCACCGGCGGCGCCUCGGGUCUCGGUCGCGGCGUCGUCGAGCGCCUGAUCGCCCAAGGCGCCAAGGGGGUGGUCGCCCUCGAUCUGAAGUUCCCCAACGGCGGUGGCUCCUCUGCAGACAAUCUGGUGGCGGUGACCGGCUCGGUGACCAGCGAGGAGGACGUCAACCGCGCCCUGGCCGAGUGCGAGAAGAAGUUCGGCCGCCUGGACGCCGUGGUCAGCUGCGCCGGCAUCGGCAUUGCCAAGCGCGCCUACGACUUUCGCCGCAAGAUUCCCCACCCGCUGGACGAGUUCAAGCGAGUGGUGGAGGUGAACACCGUGGGAACCUUCAACGUCACCCGCCUGGCGGUGGGCCUGAUCGGUCGCAAUGAGCCGGUGAAUACGCUGCGCGGCGUAGUGAUCAACACCGCCUCGGUGGCCGCCUUUGACGGGCAGAUCGGCCAGGUGGCCUACUCGGCCUCGAAGGGAGGCGUCGUCGGCAUGACACUGCCCAUUGCCCGUGACCUGGCCACGCAGGGCAUUCGCUGCGUCACCAUCGCCCCUGGACUCUUUGACACGCCUCUGCUGGGGUCGCUGCCGGAGACGGUGCGCAAGAACCUCGCCUCGACGGUGCCCUGUCCCAGUCGUCUCGGCAACAUCGACGAGUACGCCCACCUGGUGCAGAGCAUCAUUGAGAAUCCAAUGCUGAACGGCGAGGUGAUCCGUCUUGAUGGCGCCCUUCGCAUGCAGCCAUAA